CCGAACAAGUUUGCAUUGUGCAUUUGGGUUUUCAGCAGCAAAUUAUUUUUACUUUUGACAGGUCAGGAAUCACUACGGUCGGUGAGAGCUGCGAGAAAGGGUUUAAGGAUAAUUGAUCCUGAAAGCAAAACCCAAUCGAGCAAAACUCCGCUGAAGCUUUGAACACAAACACUCAUUCGAAAUGAAGCUGCAAGCUGCCUGUGUUUUCAUUCAGAAUUAUCCUUUGACCACCCAUUUUUCACCUCCUCAUCUUCACACCGCGAAUGAGCGUUGUGGAAAUCAUGUUGGCUUGGAAAAGCAGAUGUCCAGAUUCCAAGUUCAGCUCAAAUCUUUGUUUCCAUCUUUAAGGAGUGGAGUUGUUGUACGUUCUGCUAAUUUGAAUUCGUCGAGGAAGUUGGGCUUUUGGGUUGAAGCAAGAAAAGACUCGGAACCAUUUCGUGGGAAGUCGGGCUCUGUUUCUUUUGGUGGGUUGACUCACCAGUCGGUUGAGGAAAGCAAAUUGGUUUCGUCGCCAUUUAAAGAAAACACUGGCUCCUUGCUUUGGGUUUUGGCUCCUGUUGCUUUGAUUUCGUCGCUGGUUGUUCCCCAGGUCUUCAUUGUCGGUCCUAUUGAGGAUGUUUUCAAGAAUCAGGUUUUUGCAGAAAUUGUUUCUUCCUUUUCAACUGAGGUCAUCUUUUAUGCUGGACUUGCUAUUUUUCUGUUUGUAACUGAACGUGUUCAAAAGCCAUAUCUCCAGUUUAGCCCAAAGAGAUGGAGUCUUAUCACAGGCCUAAGGGGAUAUUUGACAUCUGCCUUCUUUACGAUGGGCUUCAAGGUUUGUGCCCCACUGAUUGCUGUUUAUGUCAUCUGGCCUGUGCUCGGUUUACCUGCAUUGGUCUCAGUGGCUCCUUUCCUAGCUGGUUGUUUGGCUCAAUAUGCAUUUGAGAGACUUCUCGACUGGAAUGGAUCAUCCUGCUGGCCUCUUUUGCCUAUUAUCUUUGAGGUCUACAGGAUAUAUCAGCUGACAAGGGCUACAAAUUUCAUUGAGAAGUUAAUAUACAGCAUGAGGGAGGCAUCUGUAACCCCUGCAGUUUUAGACAGAACAGGAGCUUUGGUUUCUAUGGUAGUUACUUUCCGUAUCCUAGGCUUGGUUUGUCUAUGGUCCUUGCUACCAGUGGCGGAGAAUUAUUGAUGUAUAUAGAGGAUUCCAAUGUUCUUUCAUGUCUUAUAUAAAUACAUUCUUCUGUUUUUCCUUGUCUGGUGAA